AUGGAAGGUGGCAAGCAGGAAUCCGAAGAUUCUGAGGCUCUUUUGGGUGAGUUGCAAUACUGCGUUUUUUUAAAUUGGGUGGAUGAAGCAAGCUCUAUCCUAUUUUUCGGGUGGAUGGCUUAGGUAUACGCGGCAGAAUACUGCCAAGAUUAUCUUCCUAUUUUAUCAGCAUUCAGCUUCUAUUCAUCAUUCCACACGCCCGCCUUGAAGCCGACGAAACACACAUAUUGGAAUUGAACAAGAAAAUCUCGUUUCAGUGAAUAUUGCCUUUAUUCAGAAGUCAGAGACAAUGGGACUCAAUAGUCGAUCCAACUUCGAUGCAAACCAGCUGGUUAGGUCUUUGACGGUAUUCGGGGGCAAUAGCGUCGGAAGUGUCGACGGGAAUACAAGAAGUAUAUACAGGGCCAACGCUUAUAAAGAUGCGGGCGUUCACAAGUUCAGUUUGAGGGUAGUCGAGGAUGUUGCUUUUAAGCACAUGUAUGGUUAGACCCCUCUCUUUACCUUCUGCCCAUUUAGAAUUAACCCUAUGCGCAGGGCCAAUAUCAAUGAGCAUUAGUGCUACCUAUCGCAACUUUGUUGAAGGGAUCCACAACGAGCCGGGCAGCAUGGUCGACAUGUUGUUCGCGAUAGCGGUGGGCAGACGUUCCAGAAAGAGCUUUAACUUGCCAGAAUAGGCGGCAAAAAUCGGGCUGUUAGGCAUUUCGACGUUCUCGAUAACUCAGACAGUUAGUUGGGUAGUAUCAACAACCACCAGCAUUCUUUCCCAGGGAUGAGAAGAUCUUUUAAAGGAGAGUAGGGGUGACAAUAAGUCACCUGGCUGAUUAGGUGUUCCGUAAGCCUGCUGGUCGUAAGCUAUAGUAAGUGAGCGCUCGAUAGGUUGUGCGCCAGUCACGGAAAUCUCCGCAGCUCAAAGAAGUAGUUGUCUGACCAUACGUCCCUGACUUCGGAAGGGAAACCUAGAAUUCAAUGUAAGGCUGAGAUCCCGGACUAGUGGCCAUGAGAAGAGGUGUGUCUCGUAAAUAAACGAAUCAUGCCUUGGUCAUCGUAGCUUAAGACAGCCGAGCAUGCCAAUUAUUCGAUUGCGGUCUUUUGUGAAGCCCUUCAAGAGGUUGUUGAAAGUAGGAUCCGUCUGUUUGACUUGCCUAUUUCCUUUUGAGUGUGUCCAUGCGGUUCCUCCAUUGCACAUCGCGGUGAGACCGUAGGAGUUCCAACCCGACCCGCCCUCGAGCUUUGUGACACGGGCAGAAUGCGAACAAAAGGGUACGGCAAACGGGGAGACCAAUUUAUGGCUCGGGACCAUAGCAACUGUUGCAGCACUGCAGAUCUAGUGGCACGGCCGCGGUCUAUCGCGAAAUAGUCUACCAACCCCAUAACGUACGAGUUGUCGGUGAUGGGAGUCGGAUGCUGCCCGGCAGCGCAAGUGCCCGCCUGAUUGGACUCAUAAUGGAGGCAGAGGCAGAGUGCAACUUGCAAGACGUCACCAUAUCCUCGCUGAGAAAAAGCCUUAAAAACUGAUGAUAUACUGUCUCUUCCUUUUUUACCUAGGCCACAUGGCAAAGCACAGUGAGCGUCGGUCCGCAUCCGAAUUACGGAAUUGCCCAAAGUGGCAACCCCUAGGAAUAUUAACAAUCUCCCUGAAAAAGCGCGUUUAAAUCUGUAUGGAUAUGUGGUGCCACUGGUUACGCAGUUUGAAAACGGUUUUCUAGGGGUCUCUUAACUUGACUAUGGGUAGUAAGUUGGCUGGACAACCCCAAGGCAAGCAGAGCGACCUUAUUACCUUGGUCAAAGGAAACCAUCUCGAUUAGUUCGUUGAUUUGAAUACCUCACGAAGGUUGUCACACUACUUUUGCGGUAUCUGUGCCACCGGAGCAACGAGUGCGGGAUUUGUGGUCCAGUGAGGACCCUCUCCACGCGAAAAUGCCUUGGGGUCACAUUAACAGGAAGCCUGAGCCGCCAUAGCUGUGGCAAAAACGUUAUGUUUCCGUGAGACUGAUGUUGUCUGCGUCAGUUGAACUUCACUCGACUGCAUCAGAAGUUGCAGCGCACACCGCCUUCUCGUCAAGUGACAAGGGGGUCAUGGAAAAUAGGGGUGUCUGUAUUGAAACGGGACGUACAUUUCUUAUUAUUGGCAGAACAGCCGCGGCGCGACGGACAAUCGGCCCUUAACAAUGCAUCUCAUAUAACAGUUGACAUCAGCAUAAGAAUCUGUUUCUUAACAACUAACUGCAAAUAAGUCUGCAGUGAGAUGUCAGUUCGAGAGGACCGAGAUCUGCCGUAAUUUUCUGCAACAAUUGCUUGUGCCGAUCAGUAUUCGCUGAUCAGUUAGCUGGUGGGACAACUGGGUUGACAAUAUAAGCGACGCCUUGACCAGAUAACUGUCAAUCGUGGCGUCAGUAAAAGGAGGUUGAACUGGACAGAUAAGGUCGGGAAAACUGGAAUUGCGAGUGUCCAGACCAUUAUCCUAUGCGUUAUCACGUCGUGUCGUAGUUUUAAUCCCACGCGAUUUGUAAAUUUAGCACUUGGUGGCCGCUCCGAACUGCGAAUGAUGACCUACUUUCUGAAUCGAUUGGAAACGUUCGGUUUUUUGGUACUAAGGGUCAUCGCUUCGAACAGCAUACAUUCGGUUGGACCUGCAAGCACUGGAUCGAUAAUCCAGGGUCUCCACGAAAAGUCCAAUUUCUAGCACAAAAUUACCUUUAUUGUUUACCUUUCUAGAUACAAUACUCAGCCUCGUGAACUCGGCAACCAAGCGGCAACUUGGAGCCUUGGAUUUAUACUCACUCUCAGAAUUUAUAAGGUGAUAUUACUGUAUACCCAAACCUUUAUUUCUGCAGAUGCAGUAAAGUCUCGCCGGCGACUCUAGUGACAGCUCUAAUCUUCGUUGAGAAAUGUAAAAAUCUGAACCCAAAACCACGACUUUUUUCGGAGAUUACUGCAACAGAACUUCUCAUCGUCGCAACGGUUCGUGUUUUUUAAUUUUAAACCAGACUUUGAACUUUUAACAAAAAUAAUGGAGCAUCCUGCCUGGUUGCCCGUUCAGCGUGUUUGAUGUAGACCACGCCACUUUGCCUCGUCACAAUUAUCGGUUAGCUGUCAGGCAUCUGUCAUUUAGUAAGCUUUUCAGCUCAAGACGCGACAUUUUACUUCGGACGGUGGUACUGUCUGGCUGUUUACUGAAAGAGAAAGAAUUCCACAUUUUUCGGAGCGUGAGAAAGUUGUCCCCUGCUAUUUCGUUCGCUGAAAAGACGCGAGGAGAGGCCCACAUAAUGACAAGGUUGGAUUAGGACGCCUAAUGACGGCUGUAUUUGCAGUGCUUUAAUUAGCCGCUGAAGUUUUCUGUGAACAUUUAUGCCCGGUAGGUAAAUUUUCCGAAGAUUAUGGGACCUAGACAUUGGGAUCUCAUUUACCACAGGUCUCAGCAGCCUGCUCUGUGAAAUUAACAUCAUAUCUAAAACUUCGUGGCGUCGUAUUCUAGCUAUUGACUGAUCUAUAUCAAAGAUGACUUGGAAGUUAUUUUUCCUGAUCACGGGUUAGAACGUCAACAGGAAUUCGAUCUCCAGCCUACCUCAAUUUGUGAAGCUUACACCACUCUUGUCAGACAUGCAACCUCAGGUUAAGGAGCUUUUCUUUGCAAAAGUUUGGCCUUCAAAAAUUCGUGCUUCUCGUUUCAGAUGGUAGCUUCCAAGUACCUUCAUGAUACUGAUACUGAGGAAGCAUUCUGCAACUUCGACUGGGCGGCGGAGUUUAACAUCGAACUGAAGUCCCUAAAUCGCUUGGAAGUUCGAUUCCUAUACUCGCUUGAUUGGUGCCUCUUUGUGUCAAAGACAGAGUUCGCAGCGUUUGUGGCCCGGUACUUGCCAGUAAAAUCUUGCCAGACGCAUUCGACUAACCGACCUCCGAUUGUCCAUGAGAGUCGCAGUGCCGGAUUGACGGGUAUUCCAGAAGCUUGCACAAAGUCGAGGAUGGGCGCUAACUGUCAUUUUCCCAGUGGACCUAACCCCAGGUGGCCUCUGGCAAAGGUGAGAUGUUAAAUAAAUUUCUCUCUUCAUAGAUGUUUUGGCGGAUUUCGAAUAAUUCGUACUGACCCAACUGUGAAAAACUCGGCGCCUCGAUGGAAUUCGAAUCCAUGCAGUAAGGGGAAGGCUUUAGUGCAACCAACAUUAACCACUUGAGCUACGCGGCCCCGUCGGACGACGCGAGUUUAAUCACAUUUGGGUCACUUUACCCGUCCAACAUACUGCAACGUCUGGAGUCCACCAAAUCGGAUACAGUAAGUUGACUACCCAGGCAGGAUUUCUUAAGUAAUUCACCUAGAAUCCACCAGAUGACCACCAGGCUUACGGAAUUCCUAGAUGUUUUGGCAGAUUUGGAAUAAUUCAUAUUUUACAAUUCCUACAUCUAUGAAUUACGUAAGCCUGAUAGUCAUCUGGUGGAUUCUAGGUGAAUUACUUAGGAAAUCCUGCCUGGACAGUCAACUUACUGCAUCAUAUUUGGUGGAUUCCAGACGUUUCAGUAGGUUGGACGGGUAACUUGACCGAAAUGUGAUUAAACUCGCGUCGUCCGGCGGGGCCGCGUAGCUCAAGUGGUUGGAAUGUUGGCGGGUACUGCGUGGAUUCGAAUCUUACCUAGGCGCCGAGUUUUUACAGUUGGGUCAAUAUGAAAUUUCUCUAUAUCAAAAUAAUUGUCUUAACACUGCGUUCUUCUGUUAGUAUCCCCCAGUUUUAGUCCAAUUGGAUGUCGACAGUGACUGCCAAACCCUGCUAGUUUAUGAGUUUUCGUCGAAGCCACUUUGAUCAGCAUAGCAACACUGUGGCGCUAUGACUACGAAUACGCAUACGGGCAUUGUCGUCAGCAGUCUUGAGCAUUGAUUUAAUUGAUAACAUAAACUUUAUUACACAGACGGGUAGUAUAAAUGCCAGUGAUGCUAUCAAUCAGCCAGAAGUAUCCGUUUCAGCCGCAACUACGACCUUAUCGUCUAGUUCCAUCCGUUGUAGGCACAAGUUAGUUAUGUUGUGCCUAAGCGUUAUUUCAGCUGCCCCGUUGAGUCUAUCACAAUGCCAGUCCUAGUCGACCUCCUUCACAGUUGUCGAAAGGGUUAUAGAGCAGAACUACCUGUCUGAGUUUAUUGGGUGUCCUUUGAAAGAGCAGCAACUAUCAUCCUGCCAAACAAUCGUUUUAUAAUGAUGACCGUCAUGUAGCACCGUACUUUAUUUCCGUAUGGUGGCCCUUCAUUCAGAAGCUGUUUUUCCCUCCCAUUCAGGCUGUAACCGUCUUUGCAGCUGCCUUCCUGGCAGUUUCGCAACCGCCAAGCUCUAUCAUCGUCACCGACUCGCCCUCUCAUUCGAGCAACGAUUUUGACCAGCUGACCACCUCUGCUCGCCCAGGGACCUUGCAGUUGUCAGCUGUUGCCGGUUGCGACAGCGGCGACAUCAACAGUCAUCCGCAUUUUAUGUGCGGGCAAGCAUCUAUCGCAAACAGUUCCCUGUGCGAUGAUUUCGCUAUUGAGGUCCUCUUUCACCGCCGAUCGACCUGUUCCCACUAUUCGUCUACAUGUGCGUCACCCGCCCUGCUUCGUUGUCAGCACGAGGUGCUUCUCUUACCCCCUGUUGGUGUGAGCUAA